AUGUCUUCAGUUCCACCCGGAGGUCUCAUUCUCGUCACAGGCGCUAAUGGUUAUUUCGCCAGCGUCACCAUCAAGGUCUUCUUGGAACGCGGGUACCGGGUCCGGGGCACCGUACGCAACAUCGAAUCUAGCGCCUGGAUGAAAGCCUACUUUGGUUCUGGAUUCGAACUGGUCGAAGUUCUCGAUAUAUAUCGACCCGGUGCCUUUGACAAAGCCGUCAAAGGUGUCAGCGGGAUCGCCCACACCGCCAUGAAUAUGAGCAUGGAUCCUUACAACCAAGGCAUCAUUGAAGACACGGUCAGGUCCUACCUCGAGCUCCUCGAGGCGGCCGCCAAGGAACCCAGCGUGCAAAGCAUCGCCGUGACCUCCUCUUUGUCUGCGUGCGUCCUCCCAACAACCGGUGUGCCGUACAAAAUCAACGCAGAGACCUGGAACGAAGCAGCUAUCGAACAAACGGCACGGCCGUGGGACCGCAAGGGCAACUCACGCUGGCACGGGAUCAAGCUGUAUGCUGCCUCCAAGGCGCGCGGAGAGCAAGAGGCAUUCGCGUGGGUGCGCGAACACAAACCACCCUUCUCCUUCAAUACCGUUGUUCCCAACGUGGCUUGGGGCAUAGCUAUCUCGCCCGAGAACAUGGGAUAUCGCAGCAGCGCCGCGGUCAUGGAUGCCGUCGUCAAGGGAUACCCUGCCGCGCCAUCAAUCCUCCCAUCGCAGUGGUACAUCGAUAUUGAGGAUGCGGCACUGCUGCAGCUAGGUGCUCUGACGCUCCCCGAGGUCAAAGGCGAGCGCUUGUUCGCCUUUGCGGGGAGGUACUCGUGGACGCAAAUCCUCGAGAUCUUACACCGGCGCUAUCCCGACAAGGUCUUGCUGAAAUCGGUUGAUGAGACGGCUGUUGAUGCUAUGGAGGUGGACAAUGCUCGCUGCGUGGAGAUACUGAAGAUGAUGGGGAAAGAGGGCGGCUUCACUUCGUUGGAGGACACGCUUGUCAAGGCAGUGGACACCAUCCUCGAGAACCAGUCGAAGAAUGUGCCAAAAACGACGAUAGACCUCUAUUACGAGAACUUGAAUAUCGAGUCGAGCAAGAAAUAG